UAGGCCCAGGAGGUAGGGCUAGACUUGGGCCGAGCAUGUGUUUAGGCAGUAUAUAAGCUGGCCGGCUCGGUUCCUAAGCACAUUCGUCCCACAUCUCCUUCUUCACCUCUACAAGCCACCCCAACCCACCCCUCAAAAUGUACAAGCUGGUUGUGUUCGCCGCCCUCCUCGCCGUGGCCGCCGCCGCGCCUAGCCCGUACGGUGUUCCGCUGGGCGUAGCUUCCCCUUAUGCGGCCCCCGUGGCAUCCGUUUGGGGCCAUGGGCUCGCUCCAGCCCCCAUUAUUAAGACCGCUGUGCCUGUCGCCACUUCAUAUGCCAACACUGUGAGGCUCGCCAGCCCAGCCGUGGCCGUGGCGCCUGCCCCAUACGCCGUAGCGCACGCCCCCGUCUUGGCGUCCCCCUACGCGCACGGCUGGUAAGCCACACGUCACACGCCAGACGCCACAAGCCCGGCCAUACCACCCGGUCAACCAGUGCAACAGUCAACAUCGCUUAUUUAAUUUAUUAGCGCUAAGCAAAUUUUGAAUGUCGGAAAGUAGUCUGCUCUUCAGGAAAGCUGUAUUGUUGUUAAUAAAUUCAACUUUUUGGUUAUAA